AUGUAUAACUUAAAUGUUAAUGUAAAUCCUAGUCCAACGGCUACUGCGGGUCUUCUCGGAGUGUCAGCGGGCGAGGUAACACCGCGAACUCCGGAGAUCGUUAAUUCGCUGAUCGCAAUGACGAACCCUUUUGAGAAUUACUCUCAUGAUCGUUGUCGAGAUAGGACGGAUUCAACGAGUAGCGGUGGUGAUCUCAGUCCACCCAGUGUUCAACACACCUGCAGUCAGCUAAUAAAAGAAGGGCUGAAGUUGACACUACAGACUAAGAGAAGAGCUCACAAUAGCGGAGACGAAAGUAAAAAGAAGACUAAGAAAGAGUAUGGCAGCGCUGAUGAUGAAGAAGAUGAUGACUCUGGCAAUAAUAGCAGUCGUGUUGGGUUGACGCCUGAAGACGAGGAACGACGAAGAAGAAGAAGAGAACGUAAUAAAAUAGCAGCAACAAAGUGUAGAUUAAAAAAACGUGAGAAAACAGUGAUCCUCGUUCAAGAGUCUGAGACUUUGGAAUCACAAAAUCACGAUCUCAAGUCACAAAUCCAAGAAUUAGAAACCCAGAGACGUAGACUUGUUGAUAUGUUGAGUCUUCACGGGCCGACGUGUCUUAAACAAGGAAACACCAAUACCAAUAAUACUGAUACGGCUUAUCAGCAACCGUAUAAUAGUGAUCCUAUACUACUGCCAUUUACCGACAAUUAUUCAACGACGCUAGAUCAACCGCAGGAUUGUAUCACUAUUGAUUUUCCGGUUAAAAUAGAAAACUAUGAUUCAACGCCGCAGAAUUAUUACAGACAAGACAGUCCUUAUGUGCCUACUUCAGAUGCUGGGUGCACUGUUUAG